AAAUAUUGUAGUUAUUGCGAAGAUUCGCUAAAGUGCGUCAUUUGGAAUGGCUCUCAUCUCUGAUGUGGUUGAAAUUCAAUUCAUUUUUUUCAAUAUAGCGACGACAUAGGACGAAAUGAGUUUAAGCUUCGGGCAAAAAUCUAUUGGGAUUUUCGAAACUGAUCGAAAUAGAACGAUGCUCCACCUUAAGCAAUAAAAUUACAAAAAAAACCCUUAUGAUAUAAGUGCAGCGCGAAUUAAAGAAAUCGAAUCACUCGUAUUCACGAACCAAUUAUCGUUUUUAGGGAAAAUUUUUAGAAAUUUCUUUAAUUUAGUUUUUAGAAAUAUCAAUUUUUGUGACCAAAAAAAGCUGAUAUCAAAUCGAAAUUAAUCAAAUCAAAUGAAAAUUAUUCAUCAGCAGUGGCUACGAAUUUUCGGAAUUCAUGAAUUCCUUGAGGGUCUAUAAUUUUUAUUCGAUUCGCAAAUUGCGAAGGGAAUUAGUUUUGGGUACCAAAAUAUUGAAAUAUUGGUCCACAGUGAGUGCUUUUCGAUUUUUCCCGAAUUUUCAAAAAUGUUUUGCAUACAAUCACAGAUUUUUAGAAAUGGGCAUUUUUUCGAUUUUUUUCCAAUAAGCCGCUGUCCAGAAAAAUCUGAAAAAAAAUUUAGUCUGUCUUUUGAAUUCGGUGAUCGUGCAAAAAAAAUUAACCGAAUUGGCAGGAGUCUGGCACAAAAUUCAUCGAUUCGAACAUGGAAUACCUCGUACCCCCACCACCGCGAAUCGUUCUGUUUAGAAAGCACAGUGUUGGCGAGAGCCGGGCUAGCAGACGACAGGGCUGUCAAUGUACUCGUCCCGAGACACUCUUACCGAUCGUAGCGCAGUCUAAGAAUGUACCUUGCGCGUGUAAACUUUCGGAACGUUCGACGCGUUUUUUUCUGAGAAAUCGCCGGCCCUCGCAUCAGUUUCGUAAAUCUUGUUUUUAUGACUGCGAAUAUUAGAAUCUUCGUAACCCAGCAGAUCAGACGUGUCAGAUAGUAACGAGCCUGGCCAUUAUCCACUGUGGGCAAGUCUCUCGUCAAAAGUUUUGAUUGAUACGGGCUGUUGCCAGGGUCCUGUAUUCCAUUCUUAAAGAUCAAAUCUCAUUACUGAUGUGCGUGGUCACAUUAAUUGACGAAGAAUUGAGUAAACAGGAUCAAAGAAGUCGUUGAGUCGUCAUUAUAUUGUAGCAGGCUUCAACUCCUAUGAAAGUUGUAAACAUGGACUAAAGUUCAAGACCACAGGUGGAAGAGAAAAAUAGUAACUUGUUAUUCGGUACAGAUAGACAGUACGAAUAAAUGUCAUCUUUGAACUUAAUGAAUGGUUAUGGAUUUUACACAAGAAGCUGCGAUGAAAAAAAAAAACAGCAGUGUGUUUCAAGGUAUAAUGGAAGCGAGAGAAGUGAAAUUUGAAAAUGCAGAACUUGGGUUGUUCCACGAAGCAAACAUGUCUCUGGAGAAAGAACACUUUACUGAAUUUGAGUGGUCAAUGAAAGAUUGGGGCCUACUUCACAACACGUAUAUACAGGGAGUGUCAUCUAAUUUUUUCCAACUCCAAGGUCUGGAUGGGUGCCUCUGCCGAAUCACGUUUAGUCCAGAGAAGCUGGAAAAUCUUUUUGUUAUUGAACUUACAAAUACGCUUCAUAUUCAAGAAAUUGGAAUUCAGAUUAAAAUGAAUGGUAAACGGGUACUUGAUCGUUUAUAUUCACGACCGGUUCCACAAAUUCUCUAUGCUUCAGAAGCGGAUGUAAAAUUCGAAAAAUGCGAACUUGGUGAUCGUCUGAAAAUCGAUUCCCCUAACCGAGAUGAUAAUUCACUAAAAUUUGAAGUAUAUUUUUUCAUCACGAAAAUUCUCGAAUCUAGAAGUCCUUCCUGUCAAAUAUCACCAUCCAAUACUGUCAGUUUGAGAGAUAUGUUUGAAAGUAAGACACUCAGCGAUGUAAUUUUUGUGUUUGAUGAUAAGCAAUUACUUGCUCAUAAAUCUGUCCUUGCGGCAAGGAGCGAAGUUUUUCAAGCCAUGUUUUCAAGCGAAAUGAAAGAAAAAGAUACAAGCAGGAUCGAAAUUGUUGACACAAAAGCUGAGAUCUUUGAGGAAUUUCUCAGGUAUUUGUACACCGGGGAAUUGAAUGAUUUGAAAAAUAAGGUCGAAGAAAUGUUGUUCUUGGCAGACAAAUAUCAGAUUUGCGAGUUGAAAGAAUUGUGCGAAGAAUUUUUCUUGAACAAUGUCUCUGAAGGAAACGUUGUAAAGUGCCUCAUUCUUGGGGAUAAGUGUCAUUGCGCCGCAUUGAAGAAAAAAGCUCUUAACCUCCUUGAAAAUAAUCCACGUGCAUUGAAACAAGCAAUCAUGUGUGAAAACGCAGAGGCUGUAAUAAUUUUGAAAGAGAUGUUUGCCAAGAAUGACUGUUCCUCCUCGGAGAAGUAAAUUUCAAAUAGAAAGUACGGACUGAUUUAAAAAAUUUUGAAACUGACUACAAAAGAUCUAUCCUACGUUAACUUGAUGUGUAAUAUGCUAAUCUAUAACUACGAUAAUUGUGCACUGCAGAAUUGAGAAGACACAUGGACGAAUUUGUUUCGAAUCGCAUGUACAAUAAACACAAGAACUCUAUCCUAAUAAAUUUAAACAGAAAUGAGAAAUGCUUCCCAAGAAAAACACGUGCAUCUGUUCCUGAAAAACGUGAUUUCAUAUAUUUUUUCUAUUUUUGUAAUUGUUUCCAAUUUCAUAAAUGUACAGACCAUUAUUUUAUGUGAAAAAAAAAGAUAUUGACUAAAAAAGCACUUAGUUGAACGUGAUUUUAACUUUUUUUUAAACUCUGUUGAAAUCAAAACAUAAUUAUUCUAAUAUAUUAAAUUAAGUUGAAGCGUCCAUUAUUGGUAAUAUUAACACAAAGAAUUGUACUUGGGAAAAAAUACA